GGAAGAGACAACGAUCACUGCUGUAGUUGGUGUAGUUUGAGUUGUCUUCUACUUGUAUGUGACCGACUCAGCGCAAAAAUUAAUCUCUGAUAGCUUUGUUUACAACCGACCUCCGAGCUGAAAAUAACCCCGGACUGACAGAACAUCGGGGGGAUGGAGUCUCACGGAAGGGACGAGGCCAAGGGGCCGGUGCUCCACAUCGUGGUGGUUGGAUUUCACCACAAAAAGGGCUGUCAGGUUGAAUUCUCGUACCCUCCGCUGAUGCCAGAUGAGGGUCAUGACAGCAACCUGCUGCCGGCAGAGUGGAAGUACCUCCCUUUCCUGGCUCUUCCUGAUGGAGCUCAUAACUACCAGGACGACACUGUGUAUUUUCACCUGCCGCCUCUCAGUGGAGACAUGAAGUGUGUGUAUGGAGUGUCCUGUUAUCGCCAAAUAGAAGCAAAGGCCCUAAAGGUCCGACAGGCUGAUGUCACCAGGGAGACUGUUCAGAAGAGCGUCUGCGUCCUCAGUCGAGUGCCUCUUUACGGUCUGCUCCAAGCAAAGCUGCAGCUCAUCACACAUGCCUACUUUGAGGAGAAAGACUUCUCACAGAUCUCCAUCCUGAAGGAGCUGUAUGACCACAUGAACGGCUCUCUCCGUGGUUCAGCUCUGGAGGGAUCACAGGUUUAUCUUGGGUUAUCGCCACGAGAUCUAAUCCUGCACUUCCAGCACAAGGUUCUCAUCUUGUUUAAACUAAUUCUUCUGGAGAAGAAGGUCCUGUUUUACGUGUCUCCAGUCAGUAGACUUGUGGGAGCUCUGAUGACAGUUCUGUCACUGUUUCCAGGUGUGAUUGAGCACGGCUUGGUGGACUCCUCCCACUACAGACCCAAGAGCAGUGUAUCAGAGGACCUGAGUCUGGUGGAGAGCGUCUCUGGAGUUGAAGAGUUUGUUUCUGUGUCUGUCACUGACAUCGCCAGCACCUCUCUGGAGCCAGAGGUCCAGCCUGCAACGGAGUCGCAAUCCUCUGGAAACAGCAGUAAUGGGGACAACAGCCACCUCAAACCACCCUCACGUACAUCUCCAGAGUCCUCUGAGAGUGACUGGGAGACUCUGGACCCCAGUGUGUUGGAGGAAGGUAGUCCCAAACAGGCCACUGAGACUGGGUCAGAUCUUCCAGACGCCUUCGACUCCAACCCAGAGACAGCCAUCACUGUUCAGCCACAAGCAGCCAGCGGUCAGGGAGGGAUCACCCAGGGCCUGGUGUCAGGUUUGGAGGAGGAUCAGUACGGCCUGCCUCUUGCCAUUUUCACCAAGGGUUACUUGUGCCUUCCCUACAUGGCCCUGCAGCAGCAUCACCUCCUAUCCGAUGUGACGGUACGAGGCUUCGUUGCUGGGGCAACCAACAUCCUCUUCCGCCAGCAGAGGCACCUCAGCGAUGCUAUCGUAGAAGUGGAAGAAGCUCGGAUCCAAAUCCAGGACCCUGAACUCCGAAAGAUCCUGAAUCUGACCACGGCAGACCUGCGGUUCGCAGAUUAUCUGGUCAAACAUGUAACAGAGAAUCGGGAUGACGUGUUCCUGGAUGGGACAGGUUGGGAGGGUGGAGACGAGUGGAUCCGAGCCCAGUUCACUCUCUACCUCCACUCCUUACUGUCCUCUGCGCUACAGCCAGAUAACGAGAGGCUGCUAGUUGAUUAUGGAGCACCUUUUGUUGCAGCGUGGAAGAUCACCCACAACUUCCGCGUGUGGUACAGCAACAAGCAUCCUGCCAUGACCGCCAUCACUCCAGGUCACCCGUUCCAGGGCCAGUACAGUGUAGCAGAUGUGAAACUGCGACUCUCACACUCGGUACAGAACAGUGAGCGAGGGAAGAAGAUUGGAAACGCAAUGAUGACUACCAGUCGGAGUGUGGUCCAGACUGGGAAGGCAGUGGGUCAGUCAGUGGGUGGAGCAUUGACCAGUGCAAAGUCAGCCAUGUCCUCCUGGUUCUCCACGCUGGCCCAGCCUGCACCAAUAGCCACCCCAGCCUCUCUGGAGCCUGCCACUGAGGUGAAGCCAUAACACUCAAUGUCACAAAAUUCCUGAGUGACUCUUCCUGCCUCCUUGUCCUCUGAUUACAAAGCCUUCGGUUCAAUAGAGUGAGAGCUGGUUUGGUUAAGGACACAAACUUACAACAAUCUCCUUUUCUCAAAUUCAAAUGGAAGACUGACGAAGCACGGCAGUAACCGACCCAACUGGAGAUUCUGGCCUUUUUCCUUCGUUGUAUUAUCUGGAUGAUACUCAAGACAGGAAGGCAGCAAUGCUGGUAAACUAACUGCACAGUCCAUAACCACUUUGAGGCUUUUAAUAAAAACCUGAAAAUUCAGAAGGCUACAUAAAAUCUGAUCAGCUGUUUUUCCACUGCUGCACUACGUGAUCGCUGGAUUCUUUCCUCAGAGACACUAAAGAUGCUGUCCUUUGUGGUGUUCACUCUUUGCUGUGUAGUUAUACAAGUUUGUCAAAAUUAAACUCCCUUGCUGUAAAAUUAUGUAAAAUGUUUGUGUGCCACAAAAUUUGACCCAAUAACAUGAGCUGAAGCACCUUAAAACUUUUAUUGGAUUAGAUUUUAAAUUGAGUGGGCCUCAUGUUCAUCAGUGCCUCUGUUGUAACAUUGUGGUUGUUGGGGUGAAUCAUAAUUAUAAUUAAAGCCACAAGCGGCAUCCAUCGGGUCCGAGCCUUGUGGCCCCGCCAGCCAUCUCAUACACCUUUUGCUAGCAUGUUAGCUAACGUGCUAACAUGCUAUGUAACAUGGUAAAAUGUCAAACUGAGAAUCUGAAAUGUUGAUAAACCUAGUUAACAUUUUUUGCUAGCAUGCUAA